CGAGGCUCCUGUUUACAUACUAUCACUACGUUUAGGUUGUAGUUAAAGUUGCGAUUGCACAUUUGGCUGGGAAAGGAACUAAAUCAAUUUUCGAACGCCACAAUUAUACAGAGAUAGUUUGAUACGCAUCACAACAAAUAAAUAAUGGCUUGUUUACGUGCAGACAGUACAGACCCAAAGCUGCACAUAGAAAUUGUUGGUUUGAUUAAAGAACCCCACUUUUAUGUUGCCAAGAGUAUCACACAGGGACUUAUUCAGAAGUUUCCUCGCAAGUUUGUGGCACCAACAAUUACACCGUUACUUGAAUUUGACUGGCAUGCUUACCUCUGCAACCAGAAGAGGGAGUUACGUGGCGUAGUAUGGGAGUUCUCCAGCAGCGUCAUGUGUUUUCUGGAUGGUCAUUUCAUCGGAGAUGAGGGGGCUCUUGCCACUUGGGCCGAGAACCAGUGGGGCUUCACGUGCGAACCUCCGCAGCCUUCCUGUGUGAAAGAACACUACCUGAAACACCUCCAGUCAUCUGGGGCAAGUCUCCACUAAGUUUAUUGUAUCCAUCAUAGAUUUCAUGGUAUGUAAUCAGGAGGUAAAUAUAGUGCAGGAGAAAGUAUAUUUCCUGUGUUUUUUCCCUUGCAUUUUUAGCAUAAGUUUGUCUUCAUGGAUGUCGAGAUUGGAGGAGAGCCUGUAGGGACGUUGUUGUUUGAGCUAUUCUCAGAUGUAUGCCCAAAAACAUCAAUGAAUUUUGAGGCUCUCUGCACAGGAGAGCGAGGCCUUUCAACCGACGGCUACCCGCUCUGCUACAAGGGCUCGCUGUUCCAUCGCGUGGUACCCAAAGGCUGGGUGCAAGGUGGAGAUAUUUCCCCAGGUAGUAGAGGAAAUGGAGGGGAGUCCAUCUACGGGCCAACCUUUGAAGAUGAGAGCUUUGCUCAUUCUCACUCAAAGCGGGCAAUUCUCGGAAUGGCCAAUAAGGGCCCCCACAGCAAUGGCUCCCAGUUCUACAUCACUCUGCAGUCAACGUUAUGGAUGGACAGAGCAUACGUUCCUUUUGGUCAAGUGGUUGAGGGUGUAGAUGUCCUCAAGAGAAUAGAGGAGAUCCCGACUGUCAAUCAGAGACCCAAGCAGGAAUGUAGAGUGGUAAACUGUGGUGUGUUUGAGGUAUAGCUGCUGUUAUAUAACAACAAUAAAGAAC